AUGGUUGGACCCAAGUUGAUAAAAAAUAAAGAAAUUAUUAACUCAUUCUCAGGUGCACUGUCACAAUGGCCAACAUCAACAUGUGCAGAAAUCUUUUCUCUACUUACAGUAAUUCUAACAUGUCCAGCAAAUAGUAUUAUAAAUAUAUAUUUAGAUUCACAAGCCACAAUUGGAGACAAAAAUCAAAAAUCAUUAGAUCUUGCCCUUAAAAUUAAUAAUUUUACAUUGUGGGAAAGCAUUUAUUCAACAAUGGAACAAUAUAAUUUAAUGGUAAAAAUAACAAAAGUUAAAGCUCACUCCAGUAAAUAUCCUCUAAAUGAGAUAGCUGACUCAUUAGCCAAACUAGGAA